UCUACAGCGAGCACAAACAACAACAAAAAAAAAAGAGAGAGAGAAAAAUGGCAACAGAAUGCAAAGGUAAGAGUUCAUGGCCUGAACUCCUUGGAGUGGAUGGUGAUUAUGCAAAAGCAGUAAUUGAGAAAGAAAACCCUCUGGUUACUGCUAGGAUUGUCCCUGAAGGAUCAUCUGUGAUCCAAGAUUUUCGAUGUGACAGGGUUUGGGUUUGGGUUAACAAGAACAACAUUGUCACUGAAGUACCUCAUAUUGGUUAAAGUGCAAGAAGCUGCUGAUGUUCUCAUGUCAUAUGUACUACUAUUAUUGUCAAUCAAUAAGUGAUUGUUUAAGGUUGUAAUUUUUACGUAUUCCACUGUAUGGGCACUUGUAGACGUUGUAUUUGUAUUUCAUAUGGUUGUGAUGAAUAAAUAAAAAAAAAAGUGAGAUUUUCGUUGGUAAAUUAUGUUCACGACA